GAGAAAGCAUUAGUCUACGCCCCGGUAGCUUAGUGGUAUAGCUCCUGUAUAGGGUGAGCGAAAGCUCGACGAACUUUAUAAAUUCACUUUGAUAGACUGACCAUUUUUUACAUAUCUGCCGAAAAAUGGCACCGAGCACCCCCUUCUUUACAAGUGCCCUAAACUUUUGCUAAACUCUUUCUUUUUAUAAAAAAUUUAAUAUUUUAAAGGAAUUAUUGGAUAUGAUUUUAUUGGCAUUUGGAAUGACAGGAGAAAUGAUUUAUUCUGUGGCUGGACUACUUGGAUUAACCGGUGAUCCAAAUUGGCAGCCAUUAACUAUUAUACUUUUAGCUGUUGCCUUACAAAGCUGUUUAAUUUAUAUUGCUGGAAAACUUCGUGUUGGUAAUGACCCCAUUUUGCGUGAAAGACAACCAGGAAAACAAGCAAUAACAUUUUUAUUGCUAGCAAAUAUUUCAAUGUUUCUUAUGAAUUUAUUAGAAGCUGAGAAGGCUGGGGUUAGUGAAACUGUUGUUAAUUUUUAUGGAAAGAGGAGUUGGGUAUUCCUUGUUCGUUCUUUUUCACCUCUAACAAUUUUUUACCGGUUCCAUAGUUCUGUUUGUAUGUUUUUACGUACUUUUAAUUAA